AUGAAUACUAUGCAUUAUGAUGAUGAUGAUCAAAUAGUGAUGUGUGAGUUUGAGGCUGCCGAAGCUUUGGCCAGCUUGGCUUCAAACUCCACCGUGCGUGGCGGCGUUUUGGGUUCCGGUCGACAGAGUCAACGAGGGAAGUCUGAGGCUGAGAAGGAAGCUCAAAGGCGUCAUCGUAUCUUAGCGAACAGAGAGUCUGCUAGGAAGACAAUUCGCCAAAGACAGGCUACGUAUGCAGAUUUACUCAGAAAAGCAGCUAAACUUUCACUUGAGAAUGAGAAUUUGAAGAAGGUAGGUGGCACUACUUUUCCCAGUUCAAAUACAUUUAAAUCAGUUUUUAGGCCUAGGAAUAGCUUGAGAAAAAUUGAUCUAUUGUAUGAAGUUUAUUCUUAUAGAAAGUAUCUGAUCCUUCUUAUAUUUCACUAUUUAUUGAUUCUUGUGUACUUUGUGACGAAUUCCGGGAAGAAGGAAAAGGAGAGGGCGGUUAAGGAUUAUGAUUAUUUGAAAAACAAAAAUGAAUGCCUUAAAUCAAAGAUGGCUAAAAUAGCAGAAAUUGAAGAAGAGUCGAAGAAGUUUGUUCAAGUACCAACCACCACUCCGAUUUUCCCUUACAACCAUCCUUCUAUAGUGCCCUUUCUUUGGCCAGCCAUCGGGAUCCAAGGUUCCUCUCACUUUCCUAUUCCCAGUAGGGAUAAUAUACUCUGUUCAUUUCAAGAUCAAGAGCAUGCCAAGAGGAUCAAUAAACAGGGAACGUCCUUAUUUGUAAUGCCUUUACCUUUUCACACCUCGAGUACUACACUUCAUUCUCCAAUAUGUCCCAAUGGCUGCUGUAACCAUUCGUCUACAGAAACUGAGACAAAUUCUGAUCAGAACUACCAGUUAAGAUCAUCCCAGAAAACGAAAUCAGAAUCUUCUAAGUCAGCGGAAAUUAUGCCUAUAGACCAACUAACCCCUAAACGAAAGAGCCGUACCAAAUCCAUUACGGAUGACACUACUGGAGUCGAUGCUGUUCCAUCUGCUUCAAGAAGUACUGCACAGGACGUAUCAUCCAAGAACCGAAAACUAGUUAUAUUCUCUAGUAAAAGGUCGGGAAAUGCUAACACGGCAGCUGAGGCGAGGAAGAGAAGGAAGGAACUGAUGAAACUAAAAGUAAUAUACCCUUCCAGCGAAAGGGGGAACCCGAAGAAUGGACUUUAUGAAACUAAAAUAAAAGCCAUUAAGCGAGCAUAA